CCAGCAGAUGAUGUUAUUUUCCCUUUGGGUGACAAAUAAAUCAAAACAUGAUGGUAUAGAUCGAAGGCACUUCCCUCUACUCCACCGGCUCGAUCAACCGUCUCUGGAUCUCACCGCAUUGGAUUGUACUCAACCGACAUCAAGGACAAAUUAUGUUUCCUUCUCACUCCAAGUCCAAAAUGUUCCAUCAUGUCCAAACUUUCAGAUGUCGUUCCAACCGGGAGCUUCCAAUCAAAAUAGUAGAGCAAAUUCCGAUGAAAGGAGAUGAAAGCAAAUCUCCGCUUGUAAAUUGGGAUGUUUCCAAAGCUCCCAAGUCCAAUGGUGGUCUAGGGGUGUUCGAUUUUGCUAGUUUUAACAGCGCAAUGCUCUCCAAGUGGCUCUGGCGAUUUGCAAAUGAAAGGAACAAUUGGUGGAGGACACUCAUUGACAUCAAAUAUCCAAACCCUCGGUCAAUUUGGCAUACUGGGAUCAUCGAUAGCGGCUUUGCUAACUCUGCCUGGGCUAAUAUUACUAAAGAGCACCACAACUUUCGGAGCUUCGCUUGUAUCGACCCUGGUAACAGAGCGUGGACCUCCUUCUAGCAUGACCGGUGGAUCCCCGAAGCGCUGCUGGCUGACUCUUUCCCACGGAUCGUUGCUGCUACUACCACCCCUGAUGCCUCGAUCGCAGACAGUAGAAUCACCUCUAGUGAUCAAUCAGUUUGGAUUAUUCCAUUGAAUGUUUCUUUGAGAGGGGGGAGGGGGGAGGGCUGAGAGAGAGGGGUUCCUUUCUUAAUUUCCUUGAUAAUUAUGCCGCUCUGAGAGUUUCCAAUGGUCCGUGCAGAUUGAUCUGGUCCCCUGGAGCAGAUCAACCUUUCACAGUGUGUUCCAUGUACAGGUCUUUGACGAAGAACAAGUUCCCAGGAAUCAACAACUUUCCCUACAAUUCGGUGUGGAAACAAAUCAUUCCGACAAAAGUUUGCAUCUUCAUUUGGCGGACCUUCCUCAACAAAAUCCUCACAAUUGACAACAUAAAAAAAAAAGAGGACAGUAGAUGGCUAACAGAUGCGAGCUUUGCAAAGUUGAAGAAGAAACGGUGGACCAUCUUUUCAUCCAUUGUGCCUUCAGCAAAGAGGUUUGGAGAAGCAGUCAAUUGAUCUGCUCGAACAUCGACCUGUCGUCCAUCGAUACUUCAUCUUCAAUCAGCAGGUGGAGCUCCGAUAUGCCGGGGAGCAUGGAUGGCUGGGUCAAUUACUGCGCGCUCCAUGCCAUCUUUUGGCAGGUUUGGCUGGAGAGAAAUCGCAUGAUCCUCCAUAACAAGCAACGCACCUCAACCGCAAUCACUCUCAAGGCCGUCAAGCUUAUGAUGGAGUGGCCCAUUGUCAUGGGCAAAAUCAGCAGGGAAGAAGGACGACAAUGGAUCAACAGCGUCCAGCUCCCACCUAUGUGAAGUGCUCGCUGAGUUCUCCGGGUUUGCUUCUUACCGCGCGUUCUUCAUCAGCAGAUCGAUCUGUUUGUGCAGGGAUGUCUUUGUUUUGGGCUGUUUUGUUUUUUAUUGUUGAUCAUCGUUAGGCUCGAGUUUCUCUUGCGACCUCAAAACUACUCUAACAAACUACAGUUAAAGUUAAUCUAAUUACAGGUUGGGAACUCACUUAGGUAUGAUUCCCCCUAGCCACUAGCCAGAUUAAUGAUUGAUGAUCUCUAACUUGUUUCUAUUUCAUUCACAAUGCGGAGAAUCCUUGACUAGACCUUGAGUCUCGACUAAAGGAACAAGGCCCUCUUGAGUCAAUUGCCUAGAGGGACGUAUCCUUCUCUAGAACAACCGAUCAAGGCGUUUUGAACUAGACUCCCUCUAUCAAAAGAGGUUCUCAAUUGAUACAAAGCAGUGAAUCGAUCCUCGACUAAAGCAAUCGAUCCAAUACUAUCAAUCUAUGGUGCUCUAUUGACCUAAUCAGGUAUUCGCUCUCAUAGGAUCAAAGCAGAAUCAAUAAUCUCGACUAAAGCAGAAUUGAAUCAUGAAAGCAUGCAUAGAUUGAAUAUGAACUCAAGAUUAUCAAGUAGGAGUACUCAUACAAUCAUCCAAUCAAACAAACAUAGCUAGGGUUCCUCAAAACCUAAGUGAAGGGAAGUUACUCCAUAGAGAAGAGAGAGACUGCAAUAAGAAUCUUCAGAUGAUCAGUCUUCAAGUCCGGGCUUGUUCCUCGAGCUUCCAAGGCAAAUAAAUCCUCCAAUUCCGUUCUUAGAAUGCCCUGAAAUCGCCCUCUCUCUCUUUGGUUCGUCCCUUGGAUGUUUGGGAUCCAAAAUCCAAAAUCCAUCUUUCUCUUUCCUUUGGCUUUAGUCUGCCUCAAAAACCCGAUUCUGGGCAAAACACGGUCGAGGACACGGCCGUGUUUUACUUUUGCCCGCCCGUGUUUUGCCCCCAGCAGCCCCCGUCAGCCAAAACACGGUUUCAAUGCUUCGUUUCUCCCUCGUCCGAACUCUGAAUCAGUCGCCGUUUGAUCCCAGACGCUCGUAGUCUCAUCCUCUUUCUUUUCAUGACAAGCUUGUAUGAUUCUUUGUCCAUAAAGUGAGGUAGAAUUCCAUUCUUCUUCAGGUCAUGCCCGAGAAUCUUCUCCGAAUCUUCUCCCUAAUCACCAAUUGAUCUCUGAUUGACUUGAAACUUGCGCCUAUGCUUCACUUUAUGUGCUGGGGCCUGAAAUGUGACAAAGGAACACAAUCUAGCAUAAAAUAGGCCAAAGACGCGAUAAUUAAAGCUCAAAUAGUCAAGAAACAAAUGGGAAAACAUGUGCAAAUAUCGAGUCAUCAAUUGUUUCGUAUCUUUAUGACGAUUUUCUUUUUUGUUACUCUCAGGUGCUGUGUGUUGGACACCGUUGAUGGCAAAGAUGAUAUAUGCAUGGUAGAGGAAAAAAGAAUGCAGGAGCAAAUGAAUCAAUGGCUAUAGCGGUUUGCCACAAAGAUCUUGCAAAGACUAUUGCUGCUCGUCUUGGUGAUUUUGCGUUUUUUUAUUGCUGAUUUGGCUUUUUUUUGUGUAUCAUGUGUAUUGUCCACACUGAAAUUUGUUUAUCUCAAUAAUAGUUGAGAUGUUGAGCGCCCAAAUCUUUCAAUUAAAAUUUUGUCAAAGGUUAUGAAGGAGGGGCUAGCGUACUAUCACAGGUACUACGGUACUGUUAUGCAACCGAAUGUCCAGAUAAGUAGCUUCUUUGACACGGCUGUGCUAUGAGCUAUAUGUGUAGCCAAAUAAUGAAAUGCAGGUUAUCGC